AUGAAUAAUACAAUUCUCCUAAUAGUUUUAGUUGCUUUUUCAUUUGCCUAAGAAGAUACACUAAAGAUGAUAGAACCUAUGCAGCGUGAAGUGGAAACAUAUGAUAAUCACGAUAACCCUGAGGAAAAUUCUGGAAUCUUUUAAGUAAACUAGUUCAAAUCAGGAAUGGGACCCAUGGAUCAAUUCUUCCUUAAGGAUCUUUUCGAAACCAUAAAUGCAGCCUUUGAUGAUUUAACAGACAAUCCCAACGAUUCAACUUUUUUACAAGACAAUUAAUAAUCAAAAAAAAUGGAGGAAUUAGAUGAAAGUGAUAUUCAAUUUUCAAGUCCUCUAUCAGGUUUCUUUAAUCCUUUUUUUUCAAUAUUCACAACUGAGGGAGACUCUGAUUUUGUGGAGAUAGAAUCCAUUUCAGUCAAUGGACAGACCUAGACUAAGGUCACAAAAACAAGUACUAGAAACGGUAUUACAACUACAACAACAGAAAUAACAUCGGAGGCUUCCAUUCCAGAAUUGAAUCAAGAAUAAGAGAAUAAACUUUCCGAUGAGUUCUAGCUUAUUGAAAGUCCAAUGAUUGCUGAUGUUUAAAACACUACAGAGGUCGUUGAAUAGAAUUAGACAGAACAAGUCAUUUAGGUGAAUCUAGGUAUUGAUAUAUAUAAUCAAUGUAAUAGACGAAUUGGAUUCAAUAUAGGAAUUACAUGUAAUAUAGGAUAAUUAUGUGAAAAAUGAUCAAUAUUUAAAUAGUGUUCCAUAAACAGAAGAUAACUUUGCUUUAGGAGUUACUAUUAUAUGUGGAUUGACUUUGGCAGGACUUAUUGGAUUUUCAAUCAAGAAAUGUGCUUUUAAAUCUAAUUGAAUGAAAAUUGAAAAUCAAACAUAUUAUAUUAUGC